AUGACCUCGAUGGCCGACACGCCGACGCUGACGUCGACGCGGUCGCGGUCGAGCAUGCCGCCAACGCCUAUUGGGGCGACCCCGCCGUCGUCGCCAGUGGGCAGAGUACCGGUGCUACCGCCGCUCGUCGUGCCGGUGGUUCCCCCGCCGAGCCAACGGACUUGGCACCAGUCCCAGCAGCCACUGUCGCCGCCGCAACCGCAACAGCAACAGCAACCUCUACCACCGCAGCAGCAGUCCCCCCGACCACCUGUGUACCACUGGCCAGUGGACACAAACCUCGAGUACGACAGGUCCGAGCGCCGGAGCGCGCUGUACGCGGCAGCGACCGACGCCGAGGGAUUCCGCUCACGGGGUGACAAGGUGGCGACACCCACGCUACCCCCAUACACGAUCGCUGCGCGCCCCGUGGUCCGCCCACCGAGCGGCACGUUCUCCGCCGGGUCAGCGCGCGGCGCACCAUCCCGCAUGUCGAGCACGACGAUGGACCACACGCCGGACCAGUGGCGCGAGGAUGUCUUUCGGCGAGAGGAAGCCCUGGCACGCCGGGAAGAGGACAUCACAAGGCGGGAGGAGCAGCGGAUCCGGCGCGAAGAGGUGCUCGGGCACCGCGAGGAUGUCGUUGCCCGGCGCGAGGAGAGCCUUGGAGAAAGAGAGAAGGAGGCGCGCCGGCGCGAAGAGCACCUUGGCGCGCGGGAGGAGAUCCUCACCCGCGCAGAGGAGGACGUUGCGCGACAGCGCGCGGCGGUCGACGAGCGGGCCGAGGCGCUCGCUGCGCGCGAAGCGGCCGCGCGCUCAGACCCAGGCCACGGGCGCGCCGAGCGGGAGCGCUCCGACCUGCCGUACGUCGCGAGCGCCGUGUCGAUGAGCGAGCUCGAGCGGUCGUACGCCGCGGCGUAUGAGCGGCGGGUGAGCGCCGACAGCCGGUACGAUCCCGCGCCGGUACGCCAGCGCAGCUCGGACUCGCGCGAGCUCGAGCACCUCCAGCUAGCGCCCGCGCCCACCCCGGCACAGCAGGUACAGGCGCAAUAUGCCGCCUCGUCGGCCAGCCACCGCACGUACGGGCCCAAGGCGUACGCGACCGACGACGCGGCGGCCAUCGCUACCGCGUACGCCGCCGCCACAGCGCGCGCAGCGAGCACGGCCGCAGCGACGCUGGCGGUGCGCUCUGCGCCUGCUUCGCGGCGCCAGUCGACCGAGACGCUGGCAUUUCCGACGGCUACCCCUCACCCGGGGUACAGCAGCCGCGUGGCGAGCGUACCCCUCGAGGCUGCGCCCCGCCCAGUGGCCACGCGCGCGCUCACGCUACCCACCCUCCCGACGCCGACGGCCACACCGAUGCCGACGCUGUACGCGCCCAAGCCGCACCACUACCACGCGCACCCCCCGCCGAUCCUGACGGAUCUGCUGGAUUCCGAGAGCUCCGCGAGCGACGGCGGCGACUUGUCCGCGCCGCCGGUCCCGCCCCGCCCUACGGGCCCGCCAAGCCUGCAGGUCUGGCCGGCACAGCACAUAAGCUUCAGCGUCGACGCGCACGCCCGCGACGCGCGCUUCACCGGCCCGAAUCGCCGCACGAGCGCGUCCACCGAUGGCUCGUGGUCGACGCGCACGCCGCGGCCGCUGUCCGACCUCGAGGACGACGACGCCGCGCCGCACCGCGACAGUGUAGCGAGCCAGGCGUCCAACCCGCCUCCGCCACCGCAGGGCCACGCGCCGCGCGGGCCAUGGGCGCAGAGUAACGGCCACGCGCACGCGCUCAAGCUUGACGCCGUGCUGGCGGACCAUGUCGUCGUCGCCAAGGACGCGAUCGAGGUCGACACCAGCGCAAGCAGCGGCACGAGCUCGCACCAUUCUGACCCGCCCCCACCGCCGGCGCCGCGCGCUCCGCGGCGCGAAGACAGCGUGCCCAUCUCGCCCAAGACGACGACGGCGCCGCCCAUGGCCGUCCCGCCCCCGCCGAAAGCGCCCACCCCGUACCCUCCCCCGCCGAGCCCUAACCCCCCUCCGCCGGCCACUCCGCCGACACAGGCCAAGUCUGUGAUGGGGAGCCCGCCUGCGCCGAGCGCGAACAACCUGCCGGCGCCCCGAAACCCACCUGCACCGCCCGCACCGCCGACGACCAGUGCCAUCGCGCGCGGGCUGACGCGGCUCGGGGCCGCGCCGCGCGGCAGGCGGCCCGCACCCCCCAGCCAGUCUUCCCGGUCGACAUAG